GCAAUGUCGCGGUGACGUUCUGUGACGUAGUUACGCACGUACGUGCAAUGUCAGGGGUCAAACAACUUCCUGCUUCCGGUUAGCUUUCGAGGAAUCUGUGUCUCUCUGUGCUGUGGUGCUUCGGCGGACUCGAGGGAGAACAUGUUGGCCUGGUUUCUGCUGCUGUGCGCGCAGCUGAUGAUCGGCUGGAUCCGCGCCUCAGAGCUCACCUUCGAGCUGCCAGACAACGCCAAGCAGUGCUUCUACGAGGACAUCACCAUCGGCACUAAGUGCACUCUGGAGUUCCAGGUGGUCACCGGCGGUCACUAUGACGUGGACUGUCGUCUGGAGGACCCGGACGGGACGGUUCUUUAUAAAGAGAUGAAGAAGCAGUACGACAGCUUCACCUUCACCGCCUCCAGGAACGGCACGUACAAGUUCUGCUUCAGCAACGAGUUCUCCACCUUCACGCACAAGACCGUCUACUUCGACUUCCAGGUCGGAGACGACCCUCCGCUGUUCCCCAACGAGAACCGAGUGACGGCUUUAACACAGAUGGAGUCGGCCUGCGUCUCUAUUCACGAGGCGCUGAAGUCCGUGAUCGACUACCAGACACACUUCCGCCUGCGAGAGGCUCAGGGCCGCAGCCGAGCCGAGGAUCUGAACACCAGAGUGGCCUUCUGGUCCAUCGGGGAGGCCUUCAUCCUGCUGGUGGUCAGCAUCAGUCAGGUGGUGCUCCUCAGGAGCUUCUUCUCAGACAAGAAAACCACUACGACCCGCGUGGGAUCAUAACUCCUCUGACACUGUCCAAGGGUUUUUAUAUGAAUAUGAGUUAUUUAAAGAAAAGCCUUGAGCUCGUUUUCUCUAGUCCUGUGUGCGAUCCUCAGCUCAUAUCCAGCAGAGUAUUUCAGCGCUGAAAAUUAAACUGCUUUAUUUAUUUUGUGGCUGUGUUGACUCUCUACAUGUAUGUGAAUGUUAAAGGAUGUACAGACACUGUAGACCUGCUUGACACACCGGUGCAGUUUAUACCCAUCAUCAUCAUCAUCAUCAUCAUCACUCAAGAUGUAGUUCAGUCGUCAUGUUUGAAUGCGAGAGAGCUUUAUUUGCUUUAUGUUGUACAAAACAAGCAUCCUUGCUCGUGUUUCCUAGUCGUAAUUUUCUUUUCAUGACAUUGGUGUAAUUGUUUUUUUUUAUUAGGUGUUUAUUUUUAUUAGCGGUGCAUUGAUUCUUGUUUGAAUUGGUUAAUAAAUGUCUGGAGGAACGUC